CUCUCUGUGAAAAAGGCUAAGUAGAAGAAAUUCCUGGGCACUGCUUGCAACGAAAUGUGCCGGUUUGCCUUGCGAUUCACAGCGUGUUGCCUCGCCGUUGCCAUAUUUACCGUUGAUACAUCUAAAGCAGAUGUCUCGUGCACGGACGACCCCGGAAACACCAUGUGUCGAGUCUUGAGCAGCAACAAAGGAAACAUAGAGGAUCGAAGGGGAUACUAUUCGGAAGGACAACAAGAUCCUCUCAAUGGCCCGAUGUCACUCGAGAUGCUUUCAUCGUCGACCUUCCAGUCUCCUCUGGAUUCGUUAUCUGAAAAUGACAUGCCUCUAUGGCUAAUGUCGGGGCUAGGACUUGACAAAAGACCAGACACCGUUGCACUGUAUCGGGGUCCCUCCGGGUUUGUAGUGAAUCUUUCGCCGUCUGGAUCAAAUUUUUACGAAGAGGGAACCAUCGGAGAUUUUGCAAGCGGUAAUAACCAACAAAUGUUAAAGGGCUCAAGACAACUGACGCAAGUGGCCAGAACAGGUGCUCAACCAGCUAGUCGAAAGAAGUUUCCCUGGCAGUACCAGUCACAUAAACAAAAGGCAGUACAGCCCAAGGGCAUGAAGGCGUACACUCCCGUUCAAAGCAAUGCAGUGAUGCCUCAACGCAAUUCUCUGCCCAUUACAAAAAUUCAAGGCGCAAACCAGCCGCAAAAUUUCGCACAAACCAAACUCCAAAGCCUUGGAUUUGGGCUUCAAGGAAACGCUAUUACCAAAUGGGCUGCCGGGACAGUCGCGAUGGUGCCGCCAAACGCGGGGCAACAAGCAACAGCGCAGCCAAUGUGGCUGAACGACGAGCGAAAAAUGAACGGAGUCCCUCGGAACCAAAAUAAACUUUCGCAAUCCGCGCUCUUGGCAGGGCUGGGGGGAAACCAAGAAAAGCAGAUUGGGACUAAUUCAGCGCUGGUACAACUAGCACCUUCCGUGAGGCAGCCAACAACGAGGCAGCCGUUUCAGCCGUCAUUUCCAAUAGACUCUGCGAGAAAUCAAUGGUUCGGAAUGCUAUCUGCAGAGCCAAAGCAGCGCUUCCCACAAGGUGCGUACCUUCAGGCAGCUACAAAUGGUCUACAGACUGCCACACCAACAGUGCCCCGUCAGCCUUCUGGGCCGGGGCAGUACCCUUUUCAGGAAUCGCAGCUUCAAGCUGCUGCCACAGCUCCAACAAACCUAAAUGCUUCUCCAAGCCAAAUAGCCACCGGAACGCAGGGUCAAAUGUCUGGCCACCAAUCGCAGACAACGAUUCCGCAAUCGGUUGGGCCGGAGGCCGAGCGUCAACAAAAUGGUGGCACAAAGACGACACUUCAGCAACAGUUCCCCAGUUCUGAGCACACUCUGGCUGGCGGAACUACACAGCAAAGUUCACAAAAUUCACAGGCACUUUCUGCGCAACAGCAACAAGGCGAUGCUAACGUCGCACAAAACAGCACACAGGGCCCUGCUGUUUCUGCACAAGUUGCAAAUGCGGUGACUGCAGCGCCAGCAGCAAAACAGGAAAGCAGUUUUACAGCGGCAACUCCUACAAAUGAAUCUGUUGCACCUGGCACGACUGCAGCCCUGACCCCAACGGCCCAGAAGCAGCUCACCGAAACGCAGGAAGCGCUACGGAGGGUUGGCAUAACGCGAAGAUAGUCUCGGGCUAUCUGGCACAAGCGGCACCGGCGCAGGAUGACCAGGCUGUUUGAAAUUGUUCUACCCCGACGGGAAAGUGCGUGCGAAAAUAAAGUAUUUUUUAAGAGUUA